GCAUUUCUAUGUGUGCGAGAAAAGUUGAUUAGAUUGUUUUAACAAAAUUCAAUUGAAAUCUAUAGAGCAGAUCAAGUUCCAGUUGUUCGGUCGUCAGUUACAGUGAAUUCAGGCAUGCAUAUGAAUUUAUUUUAAGAGUCUGGCGAUGACCACAGCGAAGCCCGUGCUCUGUGUGGGCUGCACCGUAAUUGACUUUGUGACAAUCAAUGAAAGUUUCCCUACGGAGGACACGGAUAGGCGAUGCCUCGACGGAUAUUGGCAGCGAGGAGGGAAUGCCUCUAACGUUAGCACCGUGCUUCGAUUGCUGGGCGCGAAUGUCGAAUUCUUCGGCAUGCUCAGUAGAUCAAACGGCUUCAGAGUACUAUUGGACGAUUUGGAUCGACGUGGCAUUGGCACACAGCACUGUCCCAAAACGGAGAAAGAUCCGCCGUUCUCCUCAGUGAUAAUUGUCAAGAAGACCGGCUCGCGAACCAUUGUGCAUUGCAAUAAAAACUAUCCGUAUAUAACGUAUGAAGACUUUAUGAAUAUAAAACUGGAUCGCUACGGUUGGGUUCACUUCGAGGCACGUCAUGCCCACGAAACAAUCAAAAUGAUAAAAGCCGUGCAGGAGCACAAUCGAAUCCAGGGCUCUAACAUCCGUAUCUCCCUAGAUUUUGAGACAACGUUUGAGGAAAACCUACCACUGUGCGGCCUUUGUAAUUAUAUUGUGUUUUCCAGCGAGCUGGCCAAGCAGAAGGGCUGGAAGAGUUCCCAAGAAACUUGCUAUGCUCUUGCUAGCAACGUAGAACCCACAUGUCCUAGCAUAAUUUGUCCUUGGGGCAGCACGGGUGCUGCUUGUCUGGAUACAGCUAUCAAUGAGUGCACCAAUGUACCGGCCCUCAGGCCUGAUCGUAUCGUGGAUACCCUUGGUGCCGGUGACAGCUUUAUGGCUGGCUUCAUAUACGCUACCUACGUAAUGCAGUGUAACCUGCCGGAUGCUGUAGGCUUCGCUAAUCGCGUGGCGGGUCACAAGAUCAUGGAUUUCGGAUACGAUCAUAUUGCGGGGCUACAGAAAGACAAGCUUACAACGGAUUGAACAUGAUUAUAUAUUAAUUAUAUGUAAACAGAAAUAAAAUAUAGUUCUCAAAUAUAUGAAUAAUGAUAUA